AGGAAACAACCUAACGAUGAGUGGAAGAGGCAAAACCGGCGGAAAGGCCAGAGCAAAGGCAAAGACUCGCUCAUCCCGUGCCGGGCUCCAGUUCCCAGUCGGUCGUGUCCACAGACUGCUGCGUAAAGGGAACUAUGCCCAGCGUGUUGGUGCCGGUGCCCCCGUGUACCUGGCAGCUGUGCUGGAGUACCUGACCGCUGAGAUCCUGGAGUUGGCUGGAAACGCUGCUCGUGACAACAAGAAGACUCGUAUCAUCCCCCGUCACCUGCAGCUGGCUGUCCGCAACGACGAGGAGCUCAACAAGCUGCUGGGCGGAGUGACCAUCGCUCAGGGCGGCGUGCUGCCCAACAUCCAGGCUGUCCUGCUGCCCAAGAAGACCGAGAAGGCCGCCAAGAAGUAAACACUUACAAAGGACUGCAAACAAAUACAAAGGCUCUUUUAAGAGCCACC